GGUGGGGGGGGGGGGAGGGGGAAAAAAAAAAAGUGAUGAAAUGAACAAGAAGUGGUGAAAUUACCCAAGCGACUUUUCUCAAAGAGAAAGAGCAAAGCGGCGAGAGGAGCGGCGGCGAGCCCCGCGCAGCCCGCCCGGCACCGGAGCCCCCCGGGGGGGCUGCGUGCUCGGGGGGCUGUGAGAGCGGCUCCGCGGCGAGAUGCGAAAAGCCUCAGCUGUUUGCCUCGCCAUGCCGGCUUCUCACUAGAAUGCAAAGCCUUGCACAGGAUGAAAACAGGUCAUUCCUCCAGAAUGCCAGAGGAAAGUUCGCCAAAGCGGAGUCCUCAAAACAUCCCGUACAAAGACCUGCCCCACAUCAUCAACGCUGACGGGCAGCACCUCUUCUGCAGGUAUUGGAAGCCAGCAACAACCGCCAGGGCCCUCGUGUUUAUCGCUCACGGUGCUGGGGAACACUGCGGCCGUUACGAUGACUUGGCCCAGAGGCUGACAGAACUUAACUUGUUUGUAUUUGCCCAUGACCAUGUUGGCCAUGGGCAGAGCGAGGGGGAUCGUAUGGUUGUCUCAGAUUUCCACGUCUUCAUCAGGGACAGCUUGCAGCACAUUGAUCUCAUGAGGAAAGAUCACCCCGGGCUGCCCGUUUUCAUCCUGGGACAUUCCAUGGGGGGAGCCAUCUCCAUUCUGACAGCUAGCGAGAGACUCAGUGACUUUUCGGGCAUGGUGUUAAUCUCUCCUUUAGUGGUGGCCAGCCCAGAAGUUGCCACCCCCAUCAAGGUUUUUGCGGCAAAAGUGCUCAACCUCGUUCUCCCAAACCUGUCACUGGGAUCGAUAGAUCCAAAUGCAGUUUCCCGGAACAAGAAGGAGAUGGAGUCUUACACAUCCGAUCCCCUGGUCUACCACGGUGGCAUGAAGGUGUCCUUCGUCAUCCAGCUGAUGAACGCCAUUGCCAGAAUUGAGCGAGCUCUGCCCAAGCUGACUUUGCCCAUCCUGGUGCUACACGGCUCUUCUGACAAGCUCUGUGAUAUCAAAGGGUCCUAUUUACUGAUGGACACGGUGCAGAGUCAGGACAAAACGCUCAAGGUGUAUGAGGAAGCCUACCAUGCCCUCCACAAAGAGCUGCCCGAGGUCACUACCUCUGUCUUCACGGAAAUACUUACGUGGGUUGGCCAGAAGGUCUCAGCAGCUGGAGAAACCAGCCAUACUUAAAAGCAAUUGUUUUUGCAGCUCUUACUGGGGGUUUCUGGGAAUAGAUGCUUUUCUUAAUAGUCUCUCUGGAAAAGAUCUAACGUGGAGGGGCUCGUGGGAUAUUUUGCCAUGCACAGCGUAAGGGAGGGUGGGGGAAGAGGCACAGAGUGAGGCGUUACUUGGUGAUGUAAAUGGCCAUUGCCAUAACCUGAGAAAGCAUUGAUAGCUGUGGGAGCAGCCGUCAAAGCUUUCCAUGUCAGAUGAUGUCCCUCACCCACAGAGCUUCCUCCAUCACUUCCUCUUCUCUGCUUUCGCCAGGGUGAUGGGGGUUUAUUUAUACUGCAAUAAUUUUGGUAUGUUAAAGAAGUCAGUAUCUUCCACUUCACAGUUUUGAUUCCAGGUGCAUACAGUCCCCUCCCUGUCCCCACCAUCCGGGCCCUUUACAGCCUUGGCCCUGAAAGAUGAGCGUUAAUGAAGGUGCUGGGUAACAAGGAGAGGCCAAAGAUGGAGCUGAUGGGGGUGAUGGGAAGAGGCUCCAGCUCGCAAAGGAAAGGAUGAUUUUUGAGGUCAGAGCACUUUGGCUGCUAUCUUUGUUAGCAGGUCAGGCCCAGGGGGAGAAUAAGUCCCCCCCCCCCCCGUGAGUCUGCACUGGGGGAAGGCAUGGUGAGCAAAUCUUCAGUUGUCAUCAUCACCAGUGCAGAAUCCCAGAGGGGAGAGAAUGAAUGUAGACUCAAGCCCACAUAGCACAUUCACAAACCAUGCUAUUCCCAAGGCCAAACCCCCUUCUCUUCUCCAAGAUGAACUAUUCUGUAAAUAUUCCUAGGGGCUGCUUUUUUUCUUUUUUUAUUUUUUUUUCCUCUUGGAGUUAAUCACUUGCGCUACUGAAACUGAAAAAGUAAAGUCAGAGUUAUAUGAGAAUAUAGUAAUAUAAUAUAUGAUGUAUAUAGAGGUGGCUGGGAGCUAGGG